CAAGCAGCACGAGGUGUCUAGCCAGAACAAGAGGAAGAGAGUUGUCCAGCAAACCAGCUUCUGCAGUGUUUGCCGGGGAAGCGGGCACAACAGAACUACAUGCCCCAUCAACCCAGAUGCUGGGAAGAACAAGCGGAGGCAAAAACGAUGCAGAACUUGCCAGGUGCCAGGACACACGUCGGCGAGCUGCCGGACAAAAACUACAACCGCAGAAGCAUUUGAGCCAUGGACAAACGUCUAGUCCCCAAGGUUCCAGGUUCCAGCACCAAGAGUGAGCUUCAGCAUGUGGAGAUAGAUGUCCUCUCGGCACGUGGUAUUUACCGUGUCACCAAAAUAUUUGCUGGAUUCGUUGGCAAGAAAGCUUCUCUUGUUGACUCGAUUGGUUUCGGUGGAUCUCGACUGCUUGGCGAGAGGAGCACUCUAGAUGGACAGUUAUCUUUGUGGCUGCUCGGCAGCGUUGACACGAGCACCAUGACUAUUAAGUCGCCCGGUGACCAGCCAAGUUUACCAAUGAAACCAAGGGAUGUGCACCUCGUGUUAGGCCUGCCGUACCAGGGUGUUGAAGUUGAUGAUGGAUCAAACGUGUCUGAAGCAACCAUGUCUGCAGUACGUGAGAAGCUGUUCCUCAAAAACACUGGUGGCAUGAUCACAGUGGAUUACCUAGAGGAUAUACUGGUGAACGAUUACAAUGAUGACAUGUCAGCUGCCGAGGAAGAAGCUUUCAAGAUUGCUGCUGUGCUUUACCUGAGAGUUGCUUGUAUGCUGUCAAAAGCAAGAACCCUUAUGUCCCGCUUGGUCUGUUGAACUAUGUAGCCAACACAAUGGACAUUAUGCGUGUUAAUUGGUGUGGCUAUAUUUUGGACACAAUCAAGAAAGCUGCAAAAUCUGUGCACCAGGCUAUCCAGAGUGGCAGCCGUUUUUUCUGUAUCCCUGGUUGCAUGCUUUGGCUAGAGAUAUUCUUUCUUGACAACCUGGAUUUUGGGAUACGCCAAAACACCGUUGUACGCAUGCCUCGUGUUGCAGACUACAGUGCUGACAGGGUAACAAAACUAAUCAAGUUGGCAACCGAUGAGCCUGUUUACGGGAGAUUAAAUUCAUACGGUGUCUUCAAGGUCAGAAUGAUGACUGAGGUAGCAUACAACAGAAAUGAAUAUGAAGUUUUGGCGGCGGCUUCCCAAACAACGGGGGUGGCCUUGGGUCUGCACAUCCAGAAGGAGCGCCAUUAUCAGCAGUCAUGUCUAGGGUGUCAAGGCAGAAGAGAACGCCAUCGUAAAUGCGGGCAGCCAUGUGGGCUCCAUAGUGAACCUUGGAACAAAGGUUCUAUCCAUUCGCUGAACAUUACAACCGAAAUAGGGAAGCGCGCAGGGGUUAUUUCAUUGGGUGAUGCUGGCGGUGCCGCCAGAACGAACUUAUUUCCCCCCUUGAAGAAAAGGCUCGUAAGUCGAAGGAGUGGGUCAAGACCAACACCAUCACGCCUGUCUUCGGCGCAAGGAGAGGCUGACAUGACAGAUGAAAUGGAUUGCAUGGACAUCGCGACAAAACUGGCGACACUGUGUUGUACCACGACGAGCACAGAAGAUAUUGCAAUCCAAGAGCUCAUAUCGCACUCCCUGAUGGACACAAUACAAGAUUCUAUGUCCUGCAUUAUAGACGAAGCUAAACAAGACGGCAAAGAGGUUGGUGGCAUGGAGAUGCCUGCAGACAGAGUUGGUGUUGCUGACCGAGAUGGCGUUGUCGAACCAACAAAUUCAUCUGGGCAGGCUGGUCUUGCUAAGGGGUCAGGUAAAUUGGCUGCCCUGAAGAAGAGACUGGCUUAUCGUGUCCCAAAAUCACCAGAUGUUGCGUCUGGAGGCCCAGUGACUGCGGAUGGAGAGCAUGGACCCUCUGAUGAUAUUACUGGAGACAACAUGGUGUUUUCUGGUGACAGCAGCACCAGCGGACUGCAGCUUAUAGCCGAUGCUGUAGAUACAGGCAUGCACCUUGUUGUGGCUGCUGGAAGUGCAGUGGUGUCAAACUUGGCAAUCCCUGGGCACGGUCUAGCUCAGCGUGAGGUCACAGAGGAACCUGAUUACCAGUCAUCGCCUUUUGAUCUGGGUUACCCUACGAUAACCGUGGAUGGGAGGCGAAGCCGUAAGCUGUACAGAUCAAUCGCCACAUUGAGUGCUGAACAGCUCGACAGAGUGUGGUACCGUAGCACAACACCCUGGGAAAUAGCUAUAUCAGGGAGGGACAUAGAGGCACAACUGAAACGUGGCGGCGAGUUCAGUAUUGCACUCUUCGAUGGGCUCAUGAGGCUGUACCAGAGCCUCGAUGACGUGGUGUAUGGACUUCAACGGAAGAGGUGGAGGUGUAUUUUGCCUGCUCGAUUUACGGACGGGGUGCUGCGGGGGAUCCUUGGACAUGGAUUCCAUAAGGAGGUGCUUCAUUGGGCCACACCUGAACUUCGACUUCGAGCAUGUUCAGCAGGCAAUUGCUCCGGUGCGUUUUGGAGAAAGGUGGAACUGUUACAUUUGGGAUAUGGAGAACGCUGAUCUGGUCGUCCUAGACCCUACCAUGAUGAAGAAAGACUCAAGCGUGGCUGAAGAAUGCCACCAGGAGACAAUGUUUAAGUUGACCGGCGCUCUUUGUCGCUUGUACACAGAAGUUCUUCAGAGGAUGGGUUGUUCCAGAAGCAGACCUUUGGAAGACCGGCGUUGACACGUCAAUGAGUGAUGGUUGCAGGAAGUACAAUUCUGGCGUCUACACAGCCCACUAUGCUCGUUGGUACAAUGUCCUUGAACUGCACGAGCCAAUUCGCAGCGUGCGGCUUGAUGAUGCAAGGCUCGCGAUGCGAUACCAGCUGUUGAUGAUGGGUGAUAAUAUCGCCCAGCUCCCGCAUGUGUUCUAUGAAUGAGGAUUGAUCUAUGGUCGAUAUGGCAGACAGUGUUUUGCAAUGCCAAAUUGUCGUAUGCAGUUCUAGACGUGUUUUGUUCCUGCCUAUUUAAAAACAUGUAUUGCUAUGUUUGGACCUUAAGGAUUAUCUAGACGCAUCUUUGCUAAUUUGGCCUAGUACUCAUGAAUUAAUUAACAUGGGCGCCCUUUUAUUCA